AUGUCUUAUCUGUCGUCCAGUGAAACCAACCUCAAAUGUCGGCAGUGUUUGGCCGAAGUGGCGGAUCUUGCACACGAAGUGACGGACUUUGACGGCUUCAUUCGGUGCGAAACUCCAAACAAUUUGCUCAAUAAAUUUCACGGCGUUUUACAGUGGAAUAAAAAAGAAUUGAUUUUAAACAAUGAUCAUAUCAUCCUAAGAGGCUGUGUACUAAGAAACACGGAAUGGUGUUACGGUAUGGUGAUUUUCGCCGGGAGGGACACGAAACUCAUGCAAAAUUCAGGAAAAUCGAAAUUCAAGCGAACCAAUAUCGAUCGGCUGCUCAACUUUCUCAUUAUCGGGAUCGUAUUGUUCCUUUUUUUACUCUGCCUGUCUUGUAUGAUCGGAUCUGCCAUYUGGGAAUUCAAAACAGGUUGGUAUUUCCAGACGUAUUUACCUUGGGACUCACUGGUACCGCCCGACAGGAUAGCCGGAUCAAUUACCAUUGGGACGUUGGUGUUUUUUUCGUACGCCAUCGUUCUCAACACAUUAGUGCCAAUUUCUUUGUAUGUAAGCGUCGAAGUAGUGCGCUUCGUGCAGAGCUUUUUUAUAAACUGGGAUGAAAAAAUGUAUGAUAAACAGUCUGGUACCGCAGCUAAAGCUAGGACUACGUCACUGAACGAAGAACUCGGGCAGAUUCAGUAUAUAUUUUCAGACAAGACUGGUACCAUGACCAAGGUGAA